AUGUCAAACUUUACGAAACUUGAAUUUGAGGCUCUUGACAUCACUGGAAAGAACUAUUUAUCAUGGAUAUUGGAUAUUGAGAUCCAUUUAGCUGCACAAGGUCUUGGGGACACAAUAAAAGAAGGAAAUAAAGAAUCAGAAUCGAACCGCGCAAAAACUAUGAUUUUUCUUCGCCGCCAUCUCCAUGAAGCACUUAAAAGUGAAUACCUUACGGUGAAAGAUCCACUCGAAUUAUGGAAAAAUUUAAAAGAUAGAUAUGAUCAUCAAAAGACGAAUCAUGAGUCUCGCCCAACUGGAUCUAGCCCUUUCCCUGAAGCGAAUGUGGCAACAUAUAAUUAUGGGCGCGGACGAGGUGGCGGGCAUGGACGAGGUGGUAAUCGUGGCCGUGAGCGUGGAUAUGGAGCACGUGGUCGUGGGUCUCAAGUCCAAAAUCAUCCUUUUUUCAAGUUCAAUAAAUCUAAUGCCAACCUGAAGUUGGAGAAAAAUAUGGAUAAGGAGAAAAAGAAAAAGACCACUGAAAAUGAAUGUUACAGAUGCGGAAUGAAGGGUCAUUGGUCGCGUACCUGUCGUACGCCAAAACAUCUAGUUGAUCUUUAUCAAGCAUCCCUGAAGGAUAAAGGCAAGAAUAUCGAAACAAAUUUGGUGUUUGAAGAUAAAGAUCACGUGGACAAUCUCCUUCAAAUGACUUAUCUGGAUACAACUGAUUUUUAUGAGAAUCCUGAUGACACCACUGCUCCAAAUGACAAAUAA